AUGGCUUUCGGUAUCCUCGAGCCGAAGAACGUCUCGAACCCUCUCGAUGUCCUCGGCACCGCUGCUCUCGAAGAGACGCAGACGACCGAGUCGGAUGUCUUCAGCAAGCAUGCUCCUGGCCGUCCCGAUCUCAUCCUCGUCCCUACACCGUCCGAUGACCCGCUCGACCCGCUCAACUGGUCUCGCUUCCGCAAGGAGGCCGCCUACGCCGUCCUCCUGCUCGGCACCUGCCUCGCGGGAACAUGCGGCCCGCUCGUCGCGCCCGCCUUCGUCGAGAUGUCGCAGCAGCUGGGACGCCCGCUAUCCCAGAUUGCGACAGGCCUCAACGGCUCGCUCGUUUUCGCCAUCGGAGUCGGAAGCUGCAUCUUUGCCCCUAUCCAGACAAAAUGGGGCACGCGGCCGUCUUUCCUCAUUGCAUCGGUUGUCGCCUUCGUCAGCCAAAUUUGGGCCGGCGCGUCCGGCACCAACUUCCCCUCGCUUUGCGCCGCUCGCGUCCUUCAAGGUCUCGCGAUGGGCUGCUGGUUCAACGGCGCUCCGUCCGCCAUCGCGGCCAUCACUUUCGUCCACGAACGCGGGUUCCGCAUCGCGCUCUGGAACCUCGGACUCGUUGGUGGCAUCAACCUCGGACCGGUCAUCUCGGCGCAGAUCUGUCAGCGGCAGGGCUGGCACUUUGCCUUCUGGUGGCAAUCGCUCGCCGCAGGCCUCGUCCUCCUCGGCACCAUCUUCCUCGUCCCCGAGAUGGAGUACGACCGGUCAUACUACUACGCCGAGCUCGAACGACGCCGCGAGAUGCUGACGACCGGAUCGGGCUCGCCGUCUGAGGAGAAGUACGCGCCGGAGCAGAAGGAGGUCGUAUUGGGCAAAGUCGUCACGGCGCCUCAAGAUAUCGAGCGGGCGACUCCCUCGCGCUGGACGCAGUACCGCUUCUCGACCGGCUCGAAGACCGACGUCUCGUUCCUCACCCUCUUCCUCCGCCCCUUCUACUACUUCAUCUCGCCGACAAUCAUCUGGGCGUCCCUCACCUUCUCCGUCUGCUUCAACCUCCUCCCACUCGCUGCCACCGUCUAUGCGCAAGUCUUUGGCGCGCCGCCUUACAACCUCACAGUCGGCGGAAUCGGUCUCGUCGGUGGUAUCCCUCCGCUCAUUGGCACCCUAAUCGGCACGUUUGCGACGGGCCCUUUGUCCGACAUGUCCGCCAAGUACCUCUCGAAGCGGAACAACGGAAUCUACGAGCCCGAGUUCCGGCUCCUCCCGAUGAUCCUCUUCCUCGUCUUUGGCGGAAUGGGCUUCUACGGCUGGGGCUUGCAGCAGUCUUCCUCUUGGAUCGUUCCCGCCAUUUUCAUCGCCAUCCUCCACAUCGGCGUCUCGGCAGCAACGAUCUCCUGCAUCUCGUACGUUACCGACUCGCUCCGCGACGGCGCAGCAGACGGCCUCGGCCUCGUCGUCUUUAUCAAGAGCUCCAUCGGCUUCGGCAUCACCUUCAUCAUCAACGAUUGGUAUGCGGCGCGCGGACCUCGCCAAUUCUUCGUCUCGCUCGGCUCGCUUGUCGUCACGACGUCGGGACUGGCAAUUCCGGCGUGGAUCUUUGGCAAGAAGGCGAGGCAUUGGUUCUCGCAGCACAACCUGCUCGCGUGA